AUGGCAGUCAGACAUUUUAGAAGAGUGCUUGAUAACAACGAGGAGAAUAGUGAUUUGAAAAGUUCCAGUGAUGAAGACAGCGAAUCUGAUGUCCCUCAACAGCCUACUGCAGGUGUUGUUGCUGAUACAAAAGGUAUAGAUCAACAGCGCAGUGAAGACAUACACGGCAAAGAGGAAGAUAGUGGCACUGAAAGUAGCGAUAGCACUAGUAGUACUAGUAGCGAUAGUAGUCAUGAGGACCAGAUUAUAGCCUUGCAUAAGCCUGUGUUCAUAAAGAAAUCAAGAAUUGCGAAAAGACCAAAUGAAGAUGAGGUUCAACAAAGUUUAGAGGAAAGAGAGAUGAAGAAACGAGCAAGUAGGAUGCAAAAAGUGAAGCAUGAAAAUGACAUUCUCACGCUACAAGAGGAAUCUAAACGCCAGAUGAAUAUGAACUACAGUACAGAUAAAGAUUUACUGAUACGAGCGAUGUUACUGGAUGACAGCGAUGUUAUAGAUCCUACUCGUGAGGAGAUGAAAUGGCUCGAGCGCCAAGAAGCACGAAGGAAGCGUCGUAGAGAUAGACUUUUGGCCAAACAACUAGAGCUCGAAGAGUACGAGGCUAACAAGCUAAAGUUCAGCAAGAUGGGCGAUGCGGGAGUUUCUGAAAGGGCGCCCAAGCCAACGAUAAAGGCCGUGUCUCAAUCGGCAAAUCAAUACAAACCCAAUCGCGUACAAGACAUAACAUUCGCAAAAUUGAAUGAUCGAGAAGGUGGAAACGAAGAUACGGAGUAUUCUGUUUUAUAG